AUGAAAAUAAUUGUCCAGGCACCGCCGGAGGAAGAGGCUCAUGAGCCUGUUCGACCCCUGCCAGAUCGUGGAGUGGUGCGGAUGGAGGCCAUUGUUGCCCAGCUCACCAACGUGAAACGAUUUGCUUUCUUCAGCAGCGUGUUUCUCAUCAGUUUCUUCCUCGGUCUUGAUUUUCUCACACGCAACAGCUACACGGCCUUCGCUACGUCCUCCUUUCAACAACACUCUCUCCUGGCAACCGUCAAUGUCAUCCGCGGAGUCGUGGCUGCUGCUGCUCAGCCCUCCGUAGCCAGACUCAUGGACGUUUUCGGUCGCAUUGAAGUUUUCACUGUAGCUAUUGUGUUCCUCACCGUGGGCACCAUUGUUCAGACUUUCUCUUCCGACGUUCAGAGCUUCUCAGGUGGCGCUGUCCUUCAGACAUUGGGACAGACAUGGCUAUAUGAAUAUUCAAAUAAGGCCUUAUAUGAAUAUGCAUGA